CAGGACAAUCCCCCUCCACCCCAGACCCCAAUGCUAUGCUGACAGACACUCACAAACACCUUGCCACUCUCAGACAUAGAGCUUGGGGCAGCGAUGGGGUAGAUCAAACACGCCUGUCUGUGGAUGGGACACACCUGCCACCUGUCUGUGGAUGUCAUGGAUCUCCAUCUCACCUCGAGGGUUCUCUGUGUCUGGCUCUGGAUCAUAGCAGGCUGGGUGAACGUACUGGGGCAUGGGCUUGUAGAUGAGGCUGUCCCUCACCUGUCAAAGAAAGAUGUGUUGUUGUUGGCUGGUGAUGCAGAUCCAAAGUGUUUUACCAGGACACAGUAUGACUUCACCUGUUUCUGGGAGACACCAGGCAACACAGCUUAUGACUUCUUCUACAGGAAUGAUAAUGAGGAAAAGGAGAAGCGGUGUAAACUGACUCUCCAGAGGACAGAGAAGGGGGAGGAAGAGGAGGAGGGGAAGGUUCUCCACAUCUGCUUCUUCCCUUGCUCUGACGUCUUCCUGUUCACGCUCACACACAUCAGAGUGGUGGAGAGCAGCUCCAACUACACACUCUUCACACGCACCAUCAGCGUUGAGGACCAGGGUCUCCUGGAACCCCCUGUGAAUGUAUCCCUUCACCCGACAGGGCAGGCUGGGCAGUUCCAGGUGGCUUGGCACGCACCAAGAGAUUGGGAGAACAACGUGCAUUAUGGGAUGCGUUAUUCUUCCCAGGGACUGAGGGAGAGGACAGAACUGAUAAAGUCCAUGAGGUCCCCCAUUCACAGCCUGGUUUCUCUGCUGCCAGGGGAGGUGGUCAGCGUCCAGCUAAGGGUCAAACCCAAUGGCUACAGUGAGACAGAGACCAGCGGUCACUGGAGCGACUGGUCGCUCCCCAUCACUGCCAUGGUACCUCAGAGCGCAGCUGAUAUCUCAUUGUUGUGCCAUACCUCUGACCUGCAAAACAUCACCUGCCAAUGGAAUGGGCAGUCCUACAGAGAUGCUACCUACACCUUAAACUACAAGCUGCGACCCAGUAAACGGGAGGGCUGGAGAAAGUGUCUGCAGAAUGAGAAGGCCUCCUACCACUGCCGUUUCCAUGGAGCGGAGUCCAGCGAGAUACUGGUUAAACUCAGUACUGGUCCUGGUUCUCUCAAACGGACCUUCUACACUGAACCCUUCAGACUCAACAACAGCAUUCAAACAGGCCCUCCAGGGAGGCUGAGGGGGCAGUGGGAGGGGGGCAGGCUGCGUCUGAGAUGGGGCACACCCCUACUAGCUCUGUCUCUCCACCUGAUGUACCAGCUCCGCUACCAGCCUCAAGGGGAGGCCGUCUGGAAGCUGGUGACCUUGCAGGUCCCUGAGAACAGUACUUGUCUAGACGUUCAGACUGGCAGUCAGUACUUUAUCCAGGUCAGAGCCAGGCCCAACGGGUCAGUCUACGCUGGCUACUGGAGCGACUGGUCACCCCCACUCACUGUGGACACACCUUCAGAUAUAGGGGCCCUCUUCAUCCUCUGCAUUCCUCUCAUGAUGCUCAUCCUAUCAGUUGUGUUCCUCUCAAUGUUCUCCAGGUAUCUCAGUAAGCUCAAACGGUAUCUGUGGCCACCAGUCCCAAAUCUUGACAAAGUAUUGCACGGCUUCCUGACAGACAUCAGCGGCCAGACUUGGGACCCUCCCUUCAUUAUCAAGCAAUAUUCUGCGGAGACCCCAGCCUGUGUGGUGGAGAUUAUGUCUGAGAGGGAGGCUCCAGAUGGAGGGAAGCUUCCCAGUGAGUCCUCCUUACUACUCUCCCCAGAGCGAGGCUCCGCUGGUGGGGAGGAGGAAAGGCUCCCCACCCUGGCCCUGGAGCUCAGCCAGGACUACGUGACCCUGGCCACGGAUGACGUCAUCCCCUGUCUCCGAGGGAACAAGUAUGUGUAUGACGGGGAGGUGGGGGCAGAGUCUCGAAGCCUGGGGGAAGAUGAGGUUCUCCAGAUGAGGUGUCACUGCUCCUCCAACUUCCCAUCAUCCUCCAGUACCACAGACAUCCUCAACCGCUCCUACAUGCUGCUGGCCGAGCAGCCUAUAGAGAGACUGGACUGUCAGGACAGCAGCAGGGCCGGCAAGCUCUAUGCCAACCUGGAGGGAACAAACUCAGCUAAUGUAAACACCUGAUUGGGACAGCUCAACAAGGGCACACAAACUGGACAGUUACAAAACAAUAUCCAUUACAUCACUACUAAAACAGGUCCUUGCAUACAGCUUAUUAAAGAUGUAUUUUAUGAUUAAUUGGAUAAUAUAUCAAGUGCAGCCAAAUCUGGAUGAACAGAUAUGGAUUGAUAUGUUGCACAGUUAUACUAUAUACUGUAAAUAUAUAUAUUUAACUUGUCACAUAUCUGUCUGUAAGGUAUAUACUGUAUUGUGCAUUCGGAAAGUAUUUAGACCCCUUGAUUUUCCCACAUUUUGUUACGUUUCAGACUUAUUCUAAAAUGGAUUACAACUUCUUCAGAAUCGGUGUUGAGCUAACGUAGGCUAAUGUGAUUAGCAUGAGGUUGUAAGAAACAAAAAAAAAUCCCAGGACAUAGACAUGUCUGAUAUGGGCGAAGUUUAAAAUGUUGUUAAUCUAACAGCACUGUCCAAUUUACAGUAGUUAUUAGAGUGAAAAAAUAACAUAACUAUUGUUUGAGGAUAGUGCACAAUUAUGAACUUGAAAAUGUAUGAAUAAAACAAUUAGGCACAUUUGGGCAGUCUUGAUACAUUUUGAAUAGAUAUGCAAUAUUUCACUGGAUCACUCUAAAACCUUGUAAAUACCGUGCUUCCAUCUAGUGGCCAGAGUCUAAAUAACACCUGGGCUGGAAUAAUACAUUAUGCCCUUUCUCUUGCAUUUCAAAGACAGUACAAAAAAAAUAAAAAAAAUAUGUAUUAUCUUUUA